AUGACAGUGCGCGGAUGUGGAGUAGCUGCAUCGAUCGCUUCCCAACAUUUGGAAAGGGAACCACCGCGUCGGGUUUCACAUAACGUGUCGGUUCCAGAGUACCAACGGAUCGUCCCUCCCUCGCGCCAACAAGCAAUUCACCAGCUGAAUCAUCCUCAUUCGCCUACCAUGCGAGACUAUCGACUCUACAGCCAAGAAGAAGAAGAAGAUGAAGCAGCUGAUCCAUACCCGAUCACACGGAAGCAGCUGGCUGCCAGACAGGCCAUCUCGAAGGACCUUCCCACAUUUUCUGGAGACCCGGAAGAAUGGCCUCUGUUUCUGUCCACCUUCACCAGUACUACUACUCUAUGUGGAUUCACUAACGAUGAAAAUAUCGUCCGCUUGCAGCGAAGCUUAAAGGGUCGAGCGUAUGAAGCGGUUAAAAGCCGAUUACUCCACCCAUCGAACGUAAGCGGAGUUAUGUCGACGCUCAAGAUGCUUUUCGGGCAGCCCGAGGUUAUCGUCCAUUCGAUGAUGUCGAAAAUCAACUCCCUUCCGGCUCUGAAAGAGGGCAAAUUAGAAACCAUCGUCGACUUCGCCAUCAGCGUUCAAAAUUUCUGUGCAACCGUGGACGCAUGUGGGUUGGAAGAAUAUUUCUACAACAUGACCUUUCUUCAUCAACUCGUCAACAAACUGCCUCCAUCGAUCAAGCUAAAUUGGGCGCAGUACCGCUUAUCGCUACCAACAGUCAAUUUGGCGUCUUUCAGCAGCUGGCUCUACACCCUAGCAGAAGCUGCUAGUGCCGUUACCAUCCCAAACAUCGUUUUCGAAUCCCAUCCCGUACGUAGCGACUCACGUGCGGUCAAGAAAUGCAACUUGUUUAUCAACGCUCACUCCGAAGAAGCCUCAUCAGGUCAUCACUCCGGAGUGCUACCGAACUCGAAAGGUGCGGAUGAUAGUUGCCUAGUAUGUAAAGGAAGUUGUAAGUCGAUUGCCAAAUGCGAACGUUUCCUGGAGUUCUCGCGCGACUCUCGCUGGGCGACUGUUCGAGAUCUUGGCCUUUGUCGUCGGUGUUUACAGCAACAUAAGGGUGGAUGUCAAGCUAAACUAUGUGGAAGAAAUGGCUGCGAGUUGAAGCACCACGAACUGUUGCACAACGAGCAAAAAAGCGCAACUCUGCCGCUAAUAGAUUCUAAAAGUGAUGUCAGUAAAUCAAUGCCGAAUCAACGACAAGAAUCCUCGUCACAUUCAGAGCCAAUUUCGACCGAGCACGGAUGUCAUACUCAUCAGGUCAUCUCUAGCCACGUACUGUUUCGUUACCUGCCCGUAGUGCUACACGGAAAGCACAGGUCAAUCGAGACUUUUGCCUUUCUCGAUGAUGGAUCUGAGCUCACACUGGUUGACGAGGAGCUUGCGGAUGAACUGCAGCUUGAAGGAGAGGAAAUGCCGCUAUGUCUGCUCUGGACUGGCGGAACGAAGCGACGAGAGGAUGGCUCAAAGAGCGUUCAACUAGACAUCGCCGCGAAGCAUAACGGUUCCAAUAAGUACACCAUGCAUGGGGUACGCACAGUUGCUGAGCUACUCCUUCCAUCGCAAACACUCAACUUUGAAGAGUUGUCCGGAAUGUAUCCACAUCUCAAGGGACUACCGAUCACCUCCUAUCAAGACGUCCGGCCGAGAAUCCUCAUCGGAAUGAAGGAUCAGUACCUCAGUCUUGUUCAGAAGAGCCGCGAGGGAAUGAUACACCAGCCGAUUGCUGUCAAAACGCGGCUAGGAUGGACAAUAUGUGGUGGAGCAAACUGUGAGAAUCCCGCCAGCUUGGUACACUCGGUAUUCCAUGUUUGCACCUGUACCUCGCCCUCAGACCAAGAUCUACAUAAAAUGAUGAAGGAUUACUUCGCAGUAGAUAGUCUGGGAGUUGCUCAGUCAAAGACACGUCUCCUCUCAACAGAAGAAGAGCGAGCUCAAAGUCUGCUUGAGACUCGCACAGUGCUAAAAGAAAACCGUUACGAAACAGGACUACUGUGGCGCGACGACAACAUUCGACUGCCAGAUAGUUUUUCGAUGGCCUUUCGACGUCUUCAGUGUCUUCGGAAGAGAAUGGACAAAGAUUUACAGCUAUCGGAUGAACUGCAUAACAAGAUCGUCGACCUCCUCGAAAAAGGCUACGCCAGGAAGCUCACCGAUGAUGAACUCUCCCAAAGUUUUCCCCGGACAUGGUAUCUGCCGAUAUUUCCCGUAACGAAUACCAAUAAGCCAGGGAAGAUUCGAAUGGUGUGGGACGCUGCUGCGACCGCCCACGGGGUUUCUCUGAACUCAGCGCUUCUAAAAGGACCUGAUCAAUUAUGCGAACUUUUUACCAUACUAGUUCAAUUCCGUGAGGGCCGGGUUGCCUUAACUGGAGAUGUGCGUGAAAUGUUCCUGCAGGUACUCAUGCGUCCGGAAGACCAGCAAUGCCAGCGGUUCCUGUGGUACAACAAAGAUGGGACUCUUUCAGUCUACGUCCUGCAGGUAAUGACGUUCGGAGCCUGCUGCUCCCCCAGUAGUGCCCAAUUUGUGAAGAACUUGAACGCCGAACGCUUCAAAGGGGAAUAUCCAGCGGCAGUCGAAGUAAUCCAGAAGCGCCACUACGUUGACGACAUGUUGAUGAGUGUGGCAACAGAAGAAGAAGCAAUUUCUCUCGCGAAACAAGUGAAGACGGUCCACGCAGAAGGCGGCUUCGAGAUCCGCAACUGGAUCAGCAAUUCCAAACACGUCAUCGAAGCCUUGGAGGAGAACCAUACCGAAGAAAAAAACCUCGAUUUAUCACCGGAGCUGGCUACUGAGAAGGUUUUAGGCUUGUGGUGGUGCACCGAUCUGGAUACCUUCAGCUUCAAAAUAGGAUGGAACCGUUACGGUCGAGCGCUGUUAGAAGGUCAGCACCGUCCAACAAAAAGACAAAUGCUGCGUAUCCUCAUGUCCGUGUUCGACCCGCUUGGGUUGAUAGCCCAGUUCCUAAUGUAUUUAAAAAUCCUGCUCCAGGACGUCUGGCGCUCUGGCAUCGACUGGGACGAGCAAAUUAAUGAGAGCAUUUUUGAUCGAUGGCAAACCUGGCUCCAAGUUCUCCCACGAAUCGAACAGAUAAGGAUUCCUCGAUGCUACUCCAAAGGACGAAGUUUCGACCACGGAGCAGUGCAGCUUCACACAUUCGUUGAUGCCAGUGAAAACGGAAUUGCUGCCGCCUGCUACCUACGCUUCAACCAUGAUGACGGCGUGGGAUGCAGUAUAGUCGCCGCAAAAACCAGAGUCGCGCCAUUGAAGUAUUUGUCUAUACCUCGACUGGAGCUUCAAGCGGCUUUGAUUGGUGCUCGUCUGGCUCGAGCAGUCUCAGAAGCACUCUCGGUCCAGAUCUCCCGUAGAAAUUUCUGGUCCGACUCCCAAGAUGUCCUGUGCUGGAUAAGAUCUGAUCACCGCCGCUACUCACCAUUUGUAGCUUUCCGGAUCAGUGAGAUCCUUGAGUUGACCGAGAUAGCUGAGUGGAGAUAUGUUCCCACCGACUUAAACGUUGCGGAUGACGGAACUAAAUGGAAAGGAUUUCCAGAUCUGGGCCCUGAAGCGAGAUGGUUUAACGGUCCACAAUUUCUCUACCUCACAGAAGAUCAUUGGCCACGCCCAUCGAAAAUACCAACCACCACCGACCUGGAGCUUCGUCCUAGUGCAAUGUCGCACUUCGUCGCAUCCGAACCCAUAAUACGAGCUAAUGACUUCUCCAGCUGGAGUCGACUCGUGCGAAUCGUUGCGCUUGUACAGCGAUUUUCUAGCAACUGCAAGCUAAAGCGCCAAAGGAAGUCAACCAUAAAUGGCCCUCUCUCCAGCCAAGAAAUAAGUUCUGCUGAAGCAUAUCUAGUCCGCCAAGCGCAGUGUGAAAUUUAUUCCGACGAAGUUGCUCUUCUCCAACGGUCGCAACACGAGUUGAACCAAUUGAAAACCCCGUUACCUAAGACAAGCUCACUGCAUCAAAAAUCGCCAUGGUUGGACCGAAACGGAGUUAUGCGGAUGCGAGGCCGCAUCGCCAACUGCGACUAUGCAACCGAAGAUGCUAAACAUCCUAUUAUACUUCCACGUGACCACCCUACCACCAAGUUGAUCAUUGCACAUUACCACCAAAAAUACAACCACCAAAAUCACGAGACCGUCAUAAACGAAAUUCGACAAAAGUACAGUGUUUCGAAACUUCGUACAGCAUUUGCCAAGAUUCGAAACAACUGUCAACUCUGCAAGAACCACCGAAUCGUUCCAAAGGUGCCGAUCAUGGCCGAUCUACCGGAAGCACGACUCGAUGCUUUCACUCAGCCCUUUACCCACGUCGGCGUUGAUUUCUUCGGGCCAUACGAGAUUGUCAUCGGCCGCCGAUCCGAAAAGCGCUGGGGCAUGCUAGCCACCUGUUUGACGACCCGCGCAAUUCAUAUCGAAGUGGCAUGUACUCUCAACACUGAUUCGUGCGUUAUGGCACUGCGAAACUUUAUUUCGCGAAGAGGAAAGCCCAGGACGAUUUACAGCGAUCGAGGAACGAAUUUUGUUGGCGCAAACCGAGAGUUAAAAGAAGCGGAAUGCACUAUUAACCAAGAUAAACUGAUGACCGAAUUUGUUGAUGCGGAGACUAGCUGGAAAUUUCUGCCCCCUUCCUCGCCACACAUGGGUGGCAGUUGGGAACGGCUAAUUGGCUGCGUAAAGAAGAAUUUGAUGGGGAUCUUAUCUAUGAGAAGGUUGACUGACGAAGUUUUGCGGAAUCUGCUGACCGAAGUAGAAAACACGGUUAACUCUCGACCUCUGACACACGUUCCAGUGGAUGAUGAGUCUUCCCCAGCCCUGACUCCCAACCAUUUCUUGAUUGGGUCAUCCAAUGGAGUGAAACCACUGUGUACUGCCGAUGAUAGUGGCGAAAACCUACGCCAAUGCUGGCGGUUGUCCCAAAUCCAGGCCAAUCGAUUCUGGAAGAGGUGGAUCAACGAUUAUCUACCCGAAAUAACUCGCCGUACCAAGUGGUUCACCGACACCAAGCCAGUAGAGGACAACGACGUGGUAGUGAUCGUGGACCCAAAACUACCUCGAAACUGUUGGCCAAAAGGCCGAAUCAUCUGUACCCAUCCUGGACGAGAUGGACAACCCAGGUCGGCAACGGUUAGAACAGCAACUGGCAUUUACGAACGCCCGGUGGCCAAAUUAGCUGUUUUAGAUGUACGGCGCGUACCGGAGUAA